AUGAAAUUGACCAACAGCAUAUCCACAACUCGCCGCCAUGGUCGUCAACACAGUAACAACAACAACAACAACAACAACAACAACAGCGGCAGUAGUAGUAUUACCACCAGUAGCAACAGCAACAACAACCACAAUAGCCACGAGUACCCUGACGAUGCCGAAACCAGCAGGAACCUCAGCAUCGAUUAUCAAGAGAUCCAAAAGCGUACACUCACCAAAUGGGUGAAUGCUCAGCUGGUGACAGCAGAUGAUCAUAUCGAGAAUAUGGAAACUGACCUCAGGGAUGGCAAGCGGCUCCUCAAGCUCUUGUCCGUCGUUUCUAAGGAGCCUGCGCCGAAACCCGAGAGGGGCAAUAUGCGCAUACACCAACUCUCCAACGUCGCUCGGGCUCUCGGGUUUCUCAAAGAACAGCUGGGCGAAGUGCCUGAUGUCGGCAACGAGGCAAUCGUCAAUGGCGACUUGAAAAAGACGCUGGCCUUGAUUUAUUUUGUCAUGCUCAAGUAUCAUGUCCACUUGAUCUUGGAUGACAAGUCUAUCAUGUCCCUCGUGGAGGUAAAAAGCAAAUUAAUUCCAUCCAAUAUCGAUCUGCACCGGAUGAUAGCUCUGAUGUGUUUGUGCUGA